AAUUAUAACCAGCACAGCAAUAGCAAUACCGGCGGACAAUAUGGCCAGUACAGCGGCUACCAACAAGGCGGAUACCAACAAGGUGGAUACCAACAAGGUGGAUAUCAACAAGGAUACCAACAAGGAUACCAACAAGGAGGAUAUCAACAAGGAGGAUAUCAACAAGGAGGAUACCAAGGUUACAACUCCCAGUACCAGUCUUACAAUCCCCAGCAGCCACAACAGCCACAGGGAAUUUCGUUAGCAGAUUUCCAAAAGCAACAGUCGGCUGUUCCCGCUGCCACCAAACCCAAGAGAACCUUGAAGUUGGCUGGAAGUAGUUCUGUGAAAUUGGCCAAUGCCACCAAGAAAGAAGAACCAAAGGCAGAAGUGAAGGAAGAGCCAAAGAAGGAAGAGAAGAAGGAAGAACCUGUCGAGGAAGAACCUGCCAAGGAAGAACCUGCCAAGGAAGAACCUGUCAAGGAAGAGAAGAAGGAAACCACCCCAGCACCAAAAGCUUCAACCCCAGCACCAGCCAAGGCUGCCACACCAGUUCCAGAACCAGUGGAUGAUGAUAUCGAUGAAGAAGUCGUCAACGAUUUAUAUGGGGGAAAAGACCACAUCUCCAUCAUGUUUAUGGGCCAUGUUGAUGCUGGUAAGUCAACCAUGGGUGGUAAUCUUUUGUACUUGACCAAUGCCGUCGAUAAGAGAACGGUCGAUAAGUACGAAAGAGAAGCCAAGGAUGCCGGUAGACAAGGUUGGUAUUUGUCUUGGAUCAUGGACACAAAUAAGGAAGAAAGAAGUGACGGUAAAACCAUUGAAGUCGGUAAGGCUUACUUUGAAACCGAGAAAAGAAGAUACACCAUUUUGGAUGCUCCAGGACACAAGAUGUAUGUUUCUGAAAUGAUUGGAGGAGCUUCCCAAGCCGAUGUGGGUAUUUUGGUGAUUUCAGCUAGAAAGGGAGAAUACGAAACUGGUUUCGAAAAGGGUGGUCAAACCAGAGAACACGCUUUGUUGGCCAAAACCCAGGGUAUCAACAGUAUCAUUGUGGUGGUCAACAAGAUGGAUGAUCCAACCGUCAAUUGGUCUGAACAACGGUAUAAGGAGUGUACCACCAAGUUGGGUAUCUACUUGAGAGGUAUUGGAUACGCCAAAGAAGAUAUAACCUUCAUGCCCGUUUCUGGAUACACUGGAGCCGGGUUGAGAGACAGAAUCGACACCUCUGUAUGUAAAUGGUACGAAGGUCCUUCAUUAUUGGAAUGUUUAGACAGCUUCAAGCCCGUUAACAGAAAGAUCAACGGUCCAUUCUUAAUGCCCAUUUCAGCUAAAAUGAAGGAUAUGGGUCUUAUUGUAGAAGGGAAGGUUGAAUCUGGACAUGUCAAGACCAAUAACAAGUUAUUGUUGAUGCCAAACAAGGUGAAAGUGGAAGUUUGUGGAAUUGAAACACAAAUUAGAAAAGGGCACCAACAGGAAGUCCAAGAAACCUCCAGCAUUUGCUAAAAAGGGAAUGAAGGUGAUUGCCAUUUUGGAGACGUCUGCUCCAAUUUG